CUCAGUAAUCCUGAAGACAUCUUCCCCAAUAAAGCUGUGAAUUAUGAGGAUCCGAAUUUGAACAUCAGCGUUCCAGUAUUUUCUAUUCAUGGAAAUCAUGGUACGAUGGGAUUUUAGAAAUCUGAUAUACCAAUACCCCCGAUCAUGCACAGAAAUUGGACAAAUUGGAGACAGUAGUGGAGAGAACCUAAAUUAUACGAAAGAGAGUGAAAAAUAGUCAACAAUUUUUUCGAAUCUUCUCGGUUAUCCUCGAGAGUUGUGUGGAACUGAGAGAACGAGGUUAAGUGGGGUCAUUUGAAAUAUGUGGAAAACAGAAUUUUAUGAUGCUGAGGAAGAGGAGUCAGUGAGAACCCAUUCAAAGCUCAGAGAGGCAGCCCACGACAAUGAAGGCAUUGAAACAGUGACAUCAAAAGAACAGGAAAAGGUCGAAGGAGAUGUCCUGAAACUAUAUAAUCUCAACAGAGAGCCAUUAUUGACAAAAAGUCGACACAUUGGAUUUUUAAAAAAAUCCCUGAUUAAUAUCUCAGCAGCUUAUGAAUGUUUAGAUUGCAGUAGGCCUUGGCUAUGUUACUGGGCGCUUCACGCACUACAAAUUCUUGGAGAGCGAUUGGAGGAUCACGAGUACCAGAAAAUUGUUCAAUUUCUGUCGAAAUGCCAAGAUCCACGAGGAGGAUUCGGAGGUGGUCCUGGUCAACAUCCCCAUCUGGCCUCCACUUACGCCGCUGUCUCAGCGCUUUGUAUAAUUGAGACUAGGGAAGCGUAUGAUGCGAUUGAUCGAGUUUCUCUGUAUAGAUUCUUGAAAUCAGUCAAAUACGAGGAUGGUAGCUUCAGCAUGCACAGGGAUGGAGAAAUAGACAUAAGAGGAGUAUACUGUGCAAUUGCAGUUGCUAAACUAACCAAUGUUUACACGCCAUCGUUAUUUAAAAAUACCGAGCAGUGGAUAGCUCGAUGUCAAACGUGGGAAGGUGGUUUCGGAGGGUGCCCGGGGAUGGAGGCUCAUGGAGGAUAUACGUACUGCGGAUUGGCCUCUCUAGUACUCCUUGGAAAGACUCAUAUGUGUCAUUUACCUUCGUUAUUGCGAUGGUUGGUGAAUAAACAAAUGCAGUUGGAAGGUGGUUUCCAAGGAAGAACAAAUAAACUAGUUGAUGGCUGUUACUCAUUUUGGCAGGGUGCCUCCUUCCCUCUGAUUCACGCUAUUUUAUCCAACGAAGCUAAUCUACCAAAUACUAACUACUGGCUAUUUGAUCAGGCGGCUCUCCAAGAGUACUUACUCAUUUGCUGUCAGCAUCCUUACGGCGGCAUCCUCGACAAGCCAGAGAAAAACCGAGACAUCUACCACACAUGCUACGGCCUCAGCGGUCUAUCCAUAGCCCAAAAUUCGCCCACUCCAUUAAUAGUAGGCAGAAAGCACCAAAACUCGGUAGAAAUCAUUCACCCGCUGUAUAACCUGGUUCUGGCGUCAGUGGCGAAUGCUCUCAGUCACUUCAACAAGCUCCCAUUACCCGAUUGAAUACUCAACAACAACAACAGCAACAAUCAAGAGCCCAAUCAUGGACCAAGGAGAUAUUUGAAUGAUAUGCGAAAGUUUCAUAAGUUUUUUAUAACCUAACAAGUCACCUGUUGUUGGCAGCCAAAUCACUUGGCGGUGUAAUGUGACUGUUGGUAAAUGUUGAAUUAAUGUUGAAUCCCUGUGGUCUUUAAUAAAUACAAUAAUUGAAACGUU